AUUCAACAGACAACAGUAUAUUCUUACGGUUAAAGUUACAUGACGUUCAAAACAAUUGUCAAUAGUCUUUAGUUUACCCAAUACCCAGUCACAGUCGCGUUCGCGUAUUGCUGUUUCUCGUGCAGCGUCCGGUUGUUGUGAUUCUUUUUUCGAUAGACUGUUAUUUACGUCUGCUGUCCAGAGACUGCUAUUGGUUUUAUCGUCCAUUAAACAAACAGUGACGCUUGUCGCAUCAUGUCUGACUGUCCUCAAUUCCAGUUAAUGCCUCAAGUCAUGUCCAUGUAUCAUCCGCAACCGCAACCGCCAUCGACACAACCACCUCCGCCACCGAAUGCGUUCCCUAUACCACCGGGGCAACCGAUGUUUCCAAUGCCGCCGCACUUUGGCUAUCCGCCCAUUGCUUGGUCGCCAAUACAUCACUAUCCGCCGCCACCGCCUCUGCCGUUGACGCCACAGCAACCGGCCCACGACCGCGCCGAAGAGGACGACAACUACAACGCGCAGCAAAUCGCGUUCAACAAUAACAACAAUAACAGCAGCAGCAACAACAAAAAUAUAAAUUCCACGGACGACUCGCAAAAUGAUUUGGAACUGCUGUCGUCUCAGCGCCCGAAUCGUCAGACGUUCACGCGCAAUGUGUCCAACAAGUUUGAUACUCGACAUGAAGAAUUCAGAAAAUACUUGGAAGAAGUAGGCAUUUUGUCCACAUUUACUAAUAUUAUAUCUGAAAUGUACCAAGAUCCAUUGCGACCUAAUGAUCCGUUGGGAUAUAUUCGGGAUAAAUUAACUUCUUCUCGGCCUGAAACAGUUGAACUUCAAAAUCUUCGCAUUUGGUGUGACCAGUAUCAAACAAAAACUAUUCGUCUGGAAAAAGAAUUAAAGCAUGUAAUUGAACGGUUAAGGAAACAUGAACCAUAUAUUACUGAUGAUUCUCUUUUUAAUGAAAGUUCUAAAGAAAAUGAAUGCAAAUCCUGUGUAUUGGAUGUAUCAAAUCUUUUGUUGGAAAGUAAAGAAGAAAAUCUUAAACAUGGAUCCAUAAAAAAAUAUAACAAAUAAUAGUUCACAUUAAUUCUAAUAAAUAACUUAAGAAUAAACCAUGAAAAAUUGAAAGAUUUUCAGAAUUUGUUGUUAUUGUAAUUUAUGUAUAAAUCAUUUUUGCAAUUGUAUUCUUGUUAAAGAUAAUUUUUCAAUUUUUCUGUUUCUAAAAUUGGACUGUACUUAUUAAAUUUUAAUGACGUUAUUUAAAUUAAUAGUUUUAUGUUGGGU